AUGGCGUCGUCGGGCCUGCUCUUCCAGGGCACCGCGUGGCUGCUCGUGGAGGGGAAGACCACGUUUUACUCGCCUCGCUACAGCGAAGAGCCCGUAUCGGUUAGCAGGCAAUUGCUCCCGUUCUGGAACCAGCCCCAAGUGGUGCUGCAGUUGGGUCAAACCGAGUAUUUGGUGCUCACUUCCAGUCCGGCGGACGCGUCCAAGCGCAGCGGAGACGCCAAGGAGACCAAAAAGUUGCUGCAAUUGACCGUGCGACCGCUGGACGACGUGCGCCGCGCCCAAUUGUACCAAACGGCAGCGCGGGCUCAAGUGCUCGAGCUGUUCGUGGAUGUGGAGCACACGCGUGAUCGACUGCUGCGAUGUCUGCUAGGAGAGAGGCAGCAGCUGCAGCAGCAGGAGGAGAAGGAGGGUGAUAUUGAGCCGGGUAAGAGGCUGCUGGACGACGCCUUUGCAGCGUUGGAGAGGGCGCAGCAGAGUGGGGAUAAAGUGGCAGCUCUGGGGCUGUACAAGGAGGCGGAGAGGGGGUUCUACGAGGCGGAGAAGGUGGUGCCCGACGAGCGGUCGAGGGAGUUCUUGCGCGCGAGGAGAGGCGACUUGCAGAGGACCAUUCGAGGCCUGGAGAGAGAGGUGGAUCAGGCGGCUAGGAGGGGGCUGUCGGCGCCGCCGACUAUGGACAUCAGCGCGCGGUUGGAGGAGCUACGUCGGUUUGCUGCGCAGCAGGACACAGUGGAGGUGCAGCAGGGGAAUCGGACGGACUUGGCAGCUCGAUUGGCGGCGCUGAAGAAUGAGAAGGCUGGGCCGGCACCCCCUGUGGAU